UCCUGGGAAGCGAAGAGGAUGGUCAUCGUGUAUAAGUCCAUGCUUCUUAGCCCUGCUCUGAAAAGGGAGGACAUUUGGGUAUCUCUUCUGGAGAUGGAGGAAUAAGUCCUGGAAAAGAAAAGGAAAAGGAGGACCACCUCUGAACACCCUGGAUGUUGCUUCUUAGCAAUGUCCCCAAAAGGAAGGGCAUUUUGGAAUGCCUCCUGGACAGAAAAAAGGCUGCAGGAGAGGAAUAAGACCUGGAAAAGGAAGAGCAGGACCACCUCUGGACACCUUGAAUAUGUAUAUCCAUGCUGCUUCUUAGCCAUGCUCCAAAAAGGGAGGGCACUUGGGGGGCAUUCCUCCUGGAGAGAAGAAAGAAGGCUGCAGUGUGGAGGCAAUAUGCAGCAACAGGUCCCGGGACAAGGAAGGGGAGGGAUGCUCCUGGAGACCUUGCACCUGUGCAACAGCAACAGCAACAGAAGCAACCCAAGGAAGCCCUUCUUCUUCUUCUUCUUCUAGUCCUUGGCCUUGCUGCCCGGGCUCCAAGCCUGUUCCUCGGGGCUUGAUUGGCUGUGUGGGGCGCGUGCCUCUCUGCCUCGCUCUGUGCGCUUUCAUGAGCGCGCGCUCCCAGUCCCACUCACUCUCUCUCUCCCUGUCCUUCUGCGCGCGCCAGAGAGAGCAAGGCGCCCAGCAGCAGCUCUUUCUUUCCUUUCGGUGGAAGAAGUACAAGUCAAAUACUGUACUCAUCUUGAAAUUCUGUUGGCCCUAGUGCUGGGGCUCCUUCCCUCCUCUGCUGCAAAGCGGGUCCCAGUUGCAAUCCCCUUCAUGACCAGAUAGGACUGGAAAAGAAUCCUGCCUGAAGAUGUUGAAAGCCACUGCUGGUCAUUUUCAAUAAUAUGAAGUUCUGAUUCAGUGUCAACCUAGAUGGUGUACUUCUGAUCCAGGUGCAUUACUGUUGCUGCUGCUUCUGCUGCUGUUCCAGUUCCUCUUGGUGAUUUACCCCAUUCAGUUCCACACCCAGACAACACUACACACAAACACAUCUGCACAAACUGAGGAUUAUCUGCACCUUCAGGAUGGAGCUUCAGAAGAUGGGAGAAGACAUGGGUACUGAGAGGCUCAAUGGGACCAUACCUGAUAGCGACAAAACUGCUGUCCUGGAGGAUGGCUACGAGGAGGAGGAAGAGCAUGUUUUGCCUGAGCGAGAGGAGUUCCUGCCCCACAUUGACAGCAAGAAACUGAGCCAGUUCACUGACUUUGAGGGAAAGACGUCAUUUGGGAUGUCAAUCUUUAACCUAAGCAACGCCAUCAUGGGUAGUGGCAUCCUGGGCCUGGCGUACGCCAUGAGGAACACAGGCAUCGUCCUCUUUGUGGUGCUCUUGAUCUGCAUUGCAUUGCUUUCUUCCUAUUCCAUUCAUUUGCUGCUGAAAUGUGCUGGUGUUGUGGGAAUUAGAGCUUAUGAACAGCUGGGACUCCGGGCAUUUGGCCACGGUGGCAAAGUGGUUGCUGCUGUGAUAAUCUCAAUACACAACAUAGGAGCAAUGUCUAGUUACUUGUUUAUUGUUAAAUCUGAACUGCCACUUGUGAUCCAAACCUUCUUAGGGCUGGCAAAGAACAACGGUGAGUGGUAUAUGAACGGGAAUGUACUAAUCAUCAUCGUCAGUGUUUGUGUCAUCCUGCCCCUGGCUAUGAUGAAACAUUUGGGCUAUCUUGGUUAUACCAGUGGACUCUCGCUCACCUGCAUGUUUUUCUUUCUCAUCUCGGUAAUCUACAAGAAAUUCCAGAUCUCUUGCCCCCUCCACUCCCUCAAUGACACCCUGAGGAACAGCAGUGUUGUGGUUUCAGAAGAAGAUACCUGCAGUGUGGAGGUCUUCACUGUCAACUCCCAGACUGCAUAUGCAAUCCCUAUCUUGGCCUUCGCUUUUGUCUGCCAUCCGGAGGUGCUUCCCAUUUACACAGAGCUGUCCAGGGCUUCAAAGCGUCGGAUGCAGAAUGUAGCAAAUGUCUCCAUCCUGGCUAUGUUUUCCAUGUACCUGCUGACUGCCAUCUUUGGUUACCUCACUUUUUAUGCGGGUGUUGAAGCAGAGAUGUUGCACACUUACAUCAAGGUCGAUCCUGGGGACAAGCUCAUACUCUGUGUCCGUUUGGCUGUUUUGCUGGCUGUGACGCUCACUGUGCCUGUGGUUUUGUUUCCGAUCCGCAGGGCCAUCCACCAGUUGCUCUUCCACAAGAAGGAUUUCAGCUGGGUCCGCCAUGUCAUAAUUGCCUGCUGCCUCCUUGUCACCGUCAACCUCCUUGUCAUCUUUGUGCCAAACAUCAAGGACAUUUUUGGAGUUAUUGGUGCAACAUCAGCCCCCAGCCUCAUCUUCAUCCUUCCCAGCAUCUUCUACAUUCGAAUUGUCCCCAAUGAGAAGGAGCCAUUGCUGUCUAGGUCCAAAAUACAGGCUGCCUGUUUUGCGGCCCUGGGCUUCAUUUUCAUGGUGAUGAGUCUCAGCUUUAUCAUCGUGGACUGGGUAACGACAGGAAAGAGCAGCGGGGUGGGGCAUUAACACCCUCCUCCCCUCCCCUAAGAGACACAGGGUGGACCAACCAGGGCCAGAGAAACCGCGUCAGCUGCCUCCAGUUCUUCCAUCGUUCCUCCUGGAGACACCUCCGUUCCGUGCCCAUUGUAUGGGAAACAACAGAAGGUGCCCUUUGCUGCUGCUGUGGAGGCAGCCCAGAAUAGGCAGGAACAGCACAGGAGCUUUCUCCUCCGUCCUUCUUGAGCUCUGGGGCUACAAAUCCAGUUACCUGAAAAAGGCUGCCUGUGUUGCCAUGGAUAAACAAUCCUCUGUCAUUAUUUUUUGGUGCUAUGAGAACACAGCUGACUGCCACGUGCUUUCGGCUCCUGUGGUAGCAGUGCAGUGCUCACUCCAGGCCGUUUUUACCUCCCUGGCAGUACGAUACCCAUCGCCAUAUGUUAUGGGUCACAGCAAAAACUGUGUGGGUUUUGUGGAGAGGGAGGGGAGGGCUUGGGCCAAGGUGACAGUACCAUUGCUCAAAAAAAGUGGUGACACCCCUCUCCACAAAUUAAGGAAUCCCCUGAUUGGUCUCCCCCUUUUGUCUCUUUUUCCUGUGCUGUCUCAGUGGCACUGUUUUGUUUCCUGUCUCCCCUAUUUUGUAAUUACGCAGAGUAACAGGCCCUGCUCUUCCAUUACUGUGGAGGCACAGCCCUAACUUCCACACACCUGUCUUUCCCCCUCUCUGUUAUCUAUUAGACAGGGAUCGGUGAUACCGUAAUACCAUUUGUGCCUGGGGAUUGUAGCCCCAAUAUUAGGGAGGGCAGCCAAAGCCAUCAAUGUGCCCCCCCCCAACUUGACAAUCUAAUUUAUUUUUUGCUAAUAUUUAAUUUGGACCUGGCUACUAGACCAAAGAGAACAAUAUAACCAUCUUAUAGUGCCUACAGCAAUUCAUGUUGGGAUUCCAUAUUUCUCUUAACAGAGCCAAGGUCUGGGUUGUUGAAACAAAGGAAAAUGGAGCAUAGCCUGGACUCCUGGGCAAUCUCCCCAGCAAUAGAGGUGUAUGGUAUGUGGAAUGAGUGUUACAAGUUACAACAUUAUGUUUUGGCAACCAUUGAUCAAAGCUGGUGGGAAGGAAAUGCUGCAUUCCCAUAGUUUGGUCAGAUGGGGUCCUUGUUCUGUCCUAUUGGCAAGUAAUGCUAGAUUUUCCUGAGGUCACCCAGAAAAGGAUUAACUCCAUUCUACACUACAUUACUGUUGAUUCCCCUCUGGAACAACACUGGGCCAUAAGGAUUGAUUCUUCAGAGAUUGUACCUCAGUUGUGGCUUUCAUCUGUUGCCCUCUGAGAGUUCCAAAGUGGAGUGAGGUGACUUGUAUGGUCCAGUACAAGUUAAAGUACAAUCAAGCAUCUCUACAUUCGCGGUAGUUAGGGUUCAGAACCCCUUCAAGUGUGGGGAAAAUGUAAAUAUCUCUAAGCCUCCCCAAAACUUAACUUUUAAUAUUGUUGACCAUAUUUCUGACAUACAGUUCUUACUGUACUAUGAGACUUUCAGUACAGACAAUCUCAGAGAUAUAGCCAUGUUAGUCUGGAAUAUUGAUAUGCAGAGGGAUUGUAGUACCUCGAAUAUAAACUGAAAGAAAGAAGCUGAUAGAAUGAGUUUCUAUAGACUUGGUCUGCUUCCUCAGAUGCAAGUCUACAAAAACUUAUGCAAAAACUUCUUUUGCACAGAUUGCUGCCACAACAACUGCAUGCUGCAGCCCUGAUCUGGCCUUUCCAGAGUGCAAAAAGGAGCCACAAAAAGCGCCUCCUUUUUGAACCCUGGAAAGGGCGCCAUAGCUGCUGCACCAUGGCUUUGCAGUUCCACUUUAGUGCUGCAUCAUGUGGACGCAGCACCAGAGAAGUGCUGUGACGUCAUGCACCAUGUGGUGCGGCAUCACACUGCCAUGGGGCAGAGUCGCGGCAUGCAUCAUAUGGAUGCUACGCCCCGACUCUGCCCCAUUAUGUUCUCUACGUUAUGGUCUUCAUAAACUGCACAAUCCUCUCCAUCGAGUAAUGUGUGUAGUGUGCCUUAAAUGUUCUUAUUACUCCCUGAUUGAGAGGCUGGGUAUGAGAUGACUUCUAUAUCUUCAGUGUUGAACUCAUGUGGUUUUGGGUGUCUAGAGGCAUAGUCCAGUAGUAAUAGGACUUGAAGAGGCUUUCUCUUACUGGAAAGGUAUUUUCUGACUUUGGCAGAAAACAUUGAUGAAACCCAUUCAAGGAAAAGCAUCCUUGUUGUCCAAGCCUUCUGGCAUCUGGAAUUUAUCCUUACCCUUCAAGCUUGGGGACUUAGUGGCUUUAUAAAUUAGAAUAGGCUUUAUCAUAUGCCCAGCUUUGUUUGCACAAAACAACAUGGUUAAGCUGUCCCUUUCUGCCUUAAAACCCAGUGCUUGCUUCUCUUCUUAGCUUUCCUCUUCUCUCCUCUUCUCUCCUCUUCUUAGCUAAUGAAUGUCCUCUGUGGCAUUCUUUUCCAAAACAGAACAUUUUCAUUGGUGUUGAAUAUCUGCUCUGGUUCAUAUCCCUUCUCUUCAAUAAAUUCACUAAGAUAUCAGGAAACUCACUAGCUGCCUCACGGUUGGCAGAGGCCUGUUCUGUAGUUUUCACAUUAUGUAGGCCAAACUUUUGCCUAAAAAUAUCAAACAGGCCUUUGCUGGCAUGAAACUCUGUAGAGCUAAAUCAUUUGCCUCCCCUUUUCUUUGUAGAAACGUACAAGGAUCUUGCCUUUUCUCUUAUAUUUGAAUCUAAAGGAAUGCCCUUUUUAUAGCAAAGUAGCACUUUUUAAUGAGAGUUAUAUGGAUCUCACAUUUGAGUCUUUGUUCCCAAUGGUGAAGCUACAGCUUAAGCAAAAGUUUCAUGAAUUUCCAUUUCUUUUUUUCUUUAUAUACCUUACAGUCAACAUGUUGAUGCCAUAAUGGUAGGCAACCAUAGUAGCUGACUGUACUGUGAGAAGCCUAUCUAAUAAUUUGACCUUGUAAGUUUUUCACUUUCUUUUGCCUGUUGGGAGCACUUUUAGAAGCACUAGAAGCAAUAGGCUUUGGACCCAUGAUUACUAUUGUUGUUGUUACAUGCUUUCAAAUCCUUUCUGACUUACAGUGACCCUAAGUCAAACCUAUCAUGGGGUUUUCUUUGCAAGAUUUGUUCCAAGGAGGAUUGCCAUGCAUUCCCUUGAGGCUGAGAGAGUAUGACGUGCCGAAGGUCACCCCAUGGUUUCAUCGCCGAGCGGCGAAAGUCCAACACUUAAACCACUACACCACACUAGCUCAUGAUUACUGUACAGCUGAUAUUUUUGGUUGUGAGACACAUGAGAUACAAAAAACUAUGGAUGCCGGCCAUGAAAGCCUUUGACUUCACAGUCUGCAUUUAACUUUAUAUAAUUAGUGUACUGUAGUACUCUACUGUAAAUGAUAAAAUUAAUAAUACGUACAUUUAAUGGAUUUAUGAUUUUGUACAAGUUUUGUUUACACUUUCUAGUUUAUGUGCAUUGUCUGAGAUUUUCCGCAGUCAACCACACAACUAAAAAAAUUAAGACUUGUUUAAUUAUUGAUGGCAACCUUAUAAAUGAUUAAUCCACCAAAAUCAAGGGUGGCUUCAGAUUGGUACAACAGGCAUCAAAAGGUUCAACUCGAAAGGCAUUGAAACAAACUAGGAGGCAAAGUUGAUUUUAUACUAAGCACACUUUGUUCAAACACUUUUCAUAGGCACUGUCGGCUAUAUUUUAGAGGAAAGAUCUGGCGAAACCACCAUUUGAGUCUUCCUUGCCUAAGAAAACCCUAGGAAAUAGUGUUCGCCAUAGUGAGACGACUUGAAGGCAUACAGACACAGAGACACUACCAUCUCCAAAUGCUUUCCCUGUGUACCUCUUCUCUCUUCUUUCCUUCCCAAAUGGCAGAAAAAUUCACUUAAAAAAAAAAAAACAGAACAGGAGAGCUUUUUGUAGGUUU